AUGAAACAUGAUAACCUGCUACUGCAUAACCUGCCCCAACACUGCCAAGCAAAUGAAGGACCUGAAGUUCCAUCAAGAACCUUCAAUUUGAAUGUAGCACUGACUCCAUUUCAAAUUCCUUGCUGUCCGACUGUCUCAAAAGACAGAUAUAAAGAGUUCAGGAAAUUCCUCCAUUGCUGCAAGCUUCCCUGAGGAGCAGAGAAGAAGCAUGGAGGACUUGCUCUAGGUGUACUGCCAGAAGACAACUGAGCAAGAGAGAAGGAUCCAAGUACAUUUGUUAAUAGAUGUACACCUCAUGGUAGUGGACAAGACCCUCAGCCGAUGCACCCAAAUCAGCGCAGAGUGCUCGAGCUGGCAAAAAAAAAAAAAAAAAAAAGUGAUGUGUGUAUGAAUGAUGAACUGCUUCCCAAACCACCAGACACUUUGCCUAGAUCAUUGUGCCUGUCAUUUUCCUCCUCUCACCCCUAUCCUACACACAUAUCUAGGUACACCAUGUUUCCAAACUUCAUUUCACUUGAGGGUUGAAACACUGGGAUCAAUUCAAGCAGUCAUCAACCUUUCCAUCCCCAAGCUCAAAUACAAGUACAUUUUAAGGAGCUCAAAUAUAACUUUUCUCCAAGAAUUACCAACACGCUACAAAACACUGAAAGGGCUCUGGAGAUCACAACACACAGUCAGGUCUUCACAGGGCAAAACAUUUCUGCUGGUCUGUCACAAGUGACACCUCCUGAAGGGUGCACUGCAUGCUGACUUCAAGGUGAACAUCCCCAUGAAUCAAUUCUGCAAAAACAUCCCACAAUAAACAACCUUCUGAAAAUCACUGACAUGUUGAAAAAAGAAGCACUGUAGAGGCAGCAGCUUUCAGGAAGGCCCAAACUUGAACCCCUUCCAAAAUCUGCAUGUUCACUUUCCUACAAAGACUUCAAGCCCAGAUAUUUGCAUCAUACAAUAUCGGAAAACCCAGUCAGCCUAAGUAAGCCAAGCUUACUACUGGAUGUCAAGCAUGAAGAAAGUGGAAUUUUGUUGCACAGACUUUGCCAUCAAGAAACACGUCUGUCUGUAGAAACAGAGGAUGGGCCAAGAGAGAUAACACUGCCUGAAUGGAUCCCCAGCUGUGAAGUUCCUCAGCUCCAGACAGUUCCUACGGAGCUGCAACAUUUCUUCUCUAUGACAGCACAAAAACAUUUAUAUGAUUCCGUAAAAGGAGAGGAAAAAAUCCUCACAGUUAAAGCAAACAGUUUGAAUGCUGGACAUUACUACACUGGGCUGUUCCAACAGCUCUUCCUCCUCCUUGCCAAGGAGAGUGAGAUGGCAGUCGUGUCUGGAAUUCACCGUUCCAAUUCUGCUCGGAAGGCCACAACAUGUGAAUACCGACAUGUCCUCUUUGAGCACUACCACGCUGCUGGGCUGGCGUUUGGGAUGCUCCCAUCCCUUCGUGUGGCAGUCCCUUCCACAACCCUCCCGUGUUUGCCGGAGCAGCGUGGCUUUGGCGUCCCACACGGAUGGAGGAUGCGGCCACACGCCCGCUCCCCUCCAGCCCUGGCCGCCAUCUGCGGGGGGAUUUCGCCUCACUUCGGCAACACUUCCACUCCUUGCACGCCCGCUCCCCUCCAGCCCGCAUGGGGCCAUGCUGGCCGGCGGCCCUGGCUGCCAUCUGCGGGGGGAUUUCGCCUCACUUCGGCAACACUUCCACUCCUUACUCCCUUGGCUACCCUGGAGAAGCUUUUAAAACUCAUGGACAAGCUGGUGAAGGGCAACCAGCGACUGGAGGAUACCGUGAUUCCGUCUUAA